AUGGAUGACUUUGCGAAGCUGGGAGCUAACGCCUUCGCGAAGAUGGAGAAAGUGAAUUCAGAGCUUCUGGCACUCACUUACGGAUCCAUCGUCUCACAGCUCAUCAAGGAUAUCGAGUUCACAGAGGGUGUUAACACACAACUCGUAUCGAUGGGCAAGAAUAUCGGUGUGAGACUUGUAGAUGAAGUAUUGGCCAAGUUAGGAUGCACUCCAUGCUCAGACUUUAGAACGACUGUAGAGGCUAUCGCAAAGGUCGGACUCAAGAUGUUCCUAGGAAUCACUGGUGAGGUUAUCGUCGUAGAUGAAGCGAAUAACCGCUAUAAUAUUUCCUUUCAAGAGAAUCCUCUGGACCAGUUUGUAGAGAUACCAGAAAACCUAGCGGGACUGGCGUACUCAAAUAUCAUAUGUGGAGUUAUAAUAGGUGCUCUUGAGCAGUUGCAAAUUAAAGUAAAAUGUGAAUUUGUCAAGGAUAUGCUAAAGGGUCACGACGCAUACGAAAUAUCCAUCAAACUGGAUUCUACUACGGGUGCGGAUCGUGAGUAA